AUGAGCGAGUCCAAGGGACUGACGGUUUCACCACCUGCGCGACAGCCAGUCUGCCUCUCAAGCGUCGCUAUGCUAUCACUACGGCAAAUCUGGGUCAUCGCGACUGAUGUUUCCCGCUCACUCUUUGGCGAUCCCCUGCUAAGAGACGUAUCACGAGGUCACACAAAGUUCGACUUGUCCAACAAUGUCACCGCCGCGGAUAGCGACCCUGGAUACCCCGACUUUAGUCCCACUGGCAGCAAUAUUGAGAAUUUCAGAUGCCAGUAUCCCAGUAUGAAAGGCUGGCAUUACUGUGGUGGGUCUGAAGAUCAAUCAUGCUGGCUGCGGAACCCUGAGACUGGGGAGCAGUUCAACAUCACCACUGAUUACGAAGACUGGAUGCCUUAUGGUAUUGAUCGCUACUUUACUCUGGAUGUCACAGACGGUUGGGUCAAUGUCGAUGGACUGAACUUCACUGAAGCAAAAUUGUUCAACAACACCUUUCCCGGCCCUCUGAUCGAGGCCUGCUGGGGAGACCGAGUCCACGUCAACGUCACAAAUUCUCUGGGGUUGAAUGGAACGAGCAUUCACUGGCAUGGAAUCCGGCAAAAGGACACGAUGCACAUGGAUGGCGUCAACGGCAUUACUCAAUGUCCCAUCGCCCCAGAAGACUACUUCGUCUAUAUCUGGAAUGCUACACAAUAUGGGAGCUCUUGGUACCACAGUCACUACAGUGUCCAGUACGCCGACGGGCUUCAGGCUCCUAUUACCAUCCAUGGCCCUACAGUAGCUCCGUAUGAUGAGGCAAUUGAGCCACUCAUCAUCACUGACUGGUUGCACAACGGUGCCUUCAAUGCGCUUUACCAAGAUGCCGUCUUUCCUGACAUUCUCCUUGGAAGCGUCGGGCACACUGUUGGUAACAUUACUCGAUACAACAGCAGUGUGGAGGCGCUUCUGCCCGUCCAGGCACCUUAUGAAAUCCACUUUGAUUAUAUGGACCCCAAUCCUCUCACAAGAGCCAAGCGUUAUCUCAUACGACUCAUCAAUACAUCCUGGCAAACGACCUUUGUCUUCACUAUCGAUAAUCAUCUCUUGACCAUUGUUGAAGCUGACUUUGUCCCCGUCACUCCAUUCAAUGCAUCGUCUCUGCUGGUCUCGAUUGGGCAACGCUACAACAUCAUCGUUGAAGCCAGUCCUCUUGUCAAUAGCAGCAACCCAGCGCAAAACCCUCUGCCGGGGGACUGCAACUUCUGGAUUCGCACCUGGGUUGCAGGAGACGGCGUGGAAUGCGGCAGGAUCGGCACUACCCCAGAGUACUCACAAACAGGAAUCCUUCGAUACAUCGCAGAGAGCAAGACAAGCCCUUCCAGUCUGCCUUGGACCUUCAAUCAAAAUUGUUCCGACACGGAAGCAAACUCCAGGCUGGAUCCAGUCGUGCCAUGGGCGGUGGGGCUACCGCAAAAUAAUAAGACCAAUGACAACUUUAACGUGUCUCUGCUUCAUGGGGAAGGUCCAUAUGGAACUUCAUUCAUUUCACUGGACCGCGCAGGGAGCGACAAGCAAGAUCCAUUCCAGACGGACUAUGGUAACCCGACGUUUCUGAACCUGGCCAACGUUCGGGAGAAGUGGCCUGUCGGAUGGGUCGUGGUUCCAGAGAACUACACUGAGAAGGACUGGAUCCAUCUACACAGCCAUGACUUUGCCAUUCUCCGCGAAGUGGACGACGAGCUUUGGGACCCUGCAACAUACGACCCCACCAAGAACAACCUGAACAACCCUCCUCGCCGUGACGUUGUUCUCCUCCCAUCUCAGGGCUACGUCGUCAUCGGCUUCAAGACAGACAACCCCGGCGUCUGGCUGAUUCACUGCCACAUUGCCUUCCACGCCGCGGGCGGGCUUUCGAUGCAGAUUAUGGAAAGGCAGAGCGCAGCUAACGAGUUCUGGCCGCCUGGCAACUCGGCAGAUCUGGAUGAGGCGUAUCGAGUGUGCGAGAAUUGGAACAGUUGGGCGUACGAUUGCAGAAAUCUUUGGCCGGGAGAGGUGCCCAGGAAGGAUAAGGAUGGAAAUCCGACGAACCAGACUCAUUGGCCGGCUUGCGAGGAUGCGGUUAUGCUGCAGAACGAUUCAGGGGUGUAA